AUGGCGCUCUUCGCCCGCCUCCGGCGCACCUCCUCGCCGCCGCUGGACGCCGCCGACCCUUUCGUCCUCAGCCUCGUCUUCAAGGCCUCCGCCUCCGACCCGGGGCUCCUCCUCCCCCACGCGGCGUCCCUGCACGCCUUCGCCGUCAGGUCCUCGGCGCUCUCCUCCGUCUUCGUCGCCACGGCGCUCGCCGACGCCUACGCCAUGGCAGGCCGCCUCGAGCUCGCGCUCAGGGUGUUCGACGAAAUGCCGUCGGCGCGCAGGAACGUCGUCUCCUGGACCACGCUCGUCGCCGCGCUGUCCCGUGCCGGCCGCCGCCGCGACGCGCUCCGCGCCUUCGCCGAGAUGCGCGCCUCCGCCGGCGUGGCCUGCGACUCGCACGCCUACGCGGCCGCGCUCAACGUUGCACAGAGAGGGUUUGCAAAUGCCCGCUCGGUGGCCAAUUCUCUUGUCACACUCUAUGCACACGUCGCUGGUCGUCUCUCAGCAGCCGAUGCCGUGUUUCAGGAAAGUGCUGCCAAGGAUGUGGUCUCCUGGAGUGCAAUUAUAUCAGGGUAUGCGCAGGAAGGGCUUGCUGGAGAGGCUUUCGCCCUGUUUACUGAAAUGCGACGGCAUCAUUGUCCUCGUCCAAAUGAGUUUACUCUUGCCAGUCUCCUGAGUGUGUGCGCAACUGCUGCAACAUUGGAUGCUGGACGCCAACUACAUGCGCUUGUUAUGGCAGCUGGACUUGAACACCAUGCAAUGAUCAGGAGUGCUCUUGUUGACAUGUAUGGCAAGAGUGGCAGCAUGUCAGAUGCUGAUGUUGUUUUUUCCAAUCGCACAAAAGAUGAUGUGGUCUCAUGGACUGCAAUGAUCGUUGGGCAUGCCGAGCAUGGCCAGAGCAAAAGGGCACUUGAACUGUUUGAAGAAAUGUGUCUUGUUGGGCUAAAGCCGGACCAUGUUGCGUUCAUUGCCGUGCUCAGUGCUUGCUGUCAUGCUGGGGAAGUCGAGCUUGGAUUGAGAUAUCUCAGUGCAAUGAGCAAAAUUUAUGGACUGGAGCCUGCAAAGGAGCUCUAUGGCUGUGUCGUGGAUUUGUUGGGCAGAGCUGGUAGAAUAAACGAGGCUGAAGAGUUGAUUGGAAGGAUGAAAGAGAUGGUGUUGUUUGGACAUCUUUGCUUAGGGCGUGUGCAGCUCGAGGGGAAGAGGAGACCGGAAAGAAAGCUGCAGAGAGGGCAAUGGAGGCAGAGCCAUGGGGUGCAGGAGCACAUGUGGCAAUGGCAAAUCUAUACUCCAGCAAGGGACAAUGGUGUGAGGCAGCAAGAAAGGCAUAUGAUGAAGCAGAAAGGGGUUGUGAAAGGAGUAGGGUGGUCAUCAAUCACAGUUGGGGGGGGGAGGAGGAUAGGGCAGUUGGAAUGGCCCGCUAUGUACCUGAUCAGACGAAUUUAG